CAGUAUUCUCUAAACCAAAAGUGCUGCAUGUGUAGAGGGAACCUGAAUAACUGCACAGGCUGACGAAAUACAGCUAUGUGUAUCUGAUGCUGCUAAGAAAAGGACCAACAUUGAAGAAAAUGUAAGACACCCAUUCAUCUGCAAAAACAAUGUGAAGUUAAGAAGCUGCUGUUUAUCCAUCCUGUUGCUGCUGACCUGUAACAUGGCAGCUCUGAUAGUCAGUAAAAGCAACAGUUCCACAGCUCAACAUUUUUGAAAAAUUGCUCUUCAGUAAAAUUAAGCUAACUUUGAACAAAAGAAGCUUCUCUGGGCAAUGCAUUUAACGUCCAGAAAUUUCAUGGACAGUCCAAUUCCUGUUUUGUUAAAUAGUAUGUAGACAUGAUCAACAACAAAACAAGCAUAAUCAAUGGCUGAAAAAAUCGACUUGCAUUUCCUCAAAGAACUUGAAAGAGAGAAGGUUCUAGAAGUCCUGUACAGGGAUAAGGCACUGCGUGCAGCUGAAGAAGAACGGAUAAGAAAGCUGAAGUCUGAGCUCAGAGAAAUCCACUGGAAGGGUGCCAAGAGUUUCAGCCAGCAGUACGCAGAUAAGACCUGUGCCCGAUGUCAGAAAUCCCUUGGGAAGAUAUUGAACAGCGGAGCUGUGUGCAAAGGAUGCAGCCACCGAAUCUGUACCAAGUGCCGUAUCAUUAUCUCUGCCAGGGAGUGGAAAUGCACUGUAUGUUAUGCUUAUGGGGAAGUGAAAAUAAAAUCUGGAGACUGGUUCUUUGAAGAAAGAGCAAACAAAUUCCCAAGUUGUGAAGGUAAUCAGGAGUCUGUUGGUGAAACAUUAUUAAAAUCAUAUCAAAGACUAAGUAAUAUUGCCAUUGUCCCUCCCACUCCACCUCCUUUUUUUGAGAAUGUGUCUGUAAGCAAUGCUGGGGAGUUAAAACAUUCAAAAGGUUUCACUAAAUCAGUAGAAAACCUGUUCAUUUCAUUCACAACUCACAUGAAAAAAAUCUCCAAGUCCCAUAAUGAUGUGACAGUAAACCAAACUUUCCUGACAACAGAUUACGGACAGGGAACCAAAAAGGAGAGAAAGAGUCAAUCAGACACGGCCAUAAACAAAGAAGCCAUGCUAACAAAGGCACCCUGUCCUCCCAUCAUGUUCAAAAAAGCUACAGCUAAUGAAGAUGAAGACAGAGUAGAUGUUGGCCGUUUGGCUGAAGCCAACCCUACAAAGACACUGUACACGGGAGCAGUGGAAAGGGACAGUACUUGCAGUGUCAGCAGUGCAUGUACUGAAGAUGGCAAUUUUGAGAAAGCCAGAGUCACUGGAGAAAUUGAAUUCUGCAUUGUGUACAACUACAAGAGAUCCUGCUUAGAAAUCUGUAUUAAAGCUUGUAAAAACCUAGCCUACGGGGAUGAAAAGAAGAGAAAGUGCAACCCAUACAUCAAAACCUACCUGCUCCCUGAUAAGUCCCCUCAGAGUAAACUGAAAACAACAGUUAAAAAGAACACAACAGACCCCACUUUCAGUGAAACAUUAAGGUACAACAUCGACCGGUCUCAGCUUGAAACCCGAUCCCUGCAGGUGUCUGUGUGGCACUCGGAGACUCUCAAACGCAAGGUCUUCCUCGGGGAGGUCAUCAUUCCUCUGGAUUCCUGGAAGUUUGAGGAGGACUCCAGACAGUCAUACAACUGGUAUCAACUGGAUUCUAAGCCUGAUCAGUAUGAAGAUUGUGUACUGGUACAGUACAAUGGGGAGCUCUGUAUCAAGGUGAAAUUUGUCUUACCAUCGCUAAGCUCCAAAAUCCAGACUCAACACCUCUCAAUGGAAGAUUUGCAGAACAAGAUGACUGUCAUUGGUCAACUCAAUGUUAUGAUCAUUGGAGCCAAAAACCUGCCAUCUUUAAGGCCUGAUGGUACUUUAAACUCAUUUGUCAAAGUGUGCCUAAUCCUUCCAGAUAAAAGGCAGUUGAAACUGAAGACUCCAGUGCUUAAAAAGAAAGCUUGCCCACAGUGGAAUCACCAGCUUGUGUUCAGCGAUGUGCUUCUGGGUGAAUUGUGGGAUUCCUGUCUUGAUAUCACUGUCUGGGACCAUGCUGCCUUUGGCCUCACUGACCGUUUCCUGGGGGGAGUCAGACUAGAGAGGGGGAUACUGUCGACAGACUCCCGUGACAUGGUGGAAGUCACUUCUGGACAACCUUGGCAAAACAUUCUGAGGAGACCAAACACUUGGAAUGACAUCACACUUAUACUUCACCCAAAUAUGGAGUACAUGAUGAAAACCUAACAUGGCCAGUUCCAAAUGCAUCUUUUUGGAUCCUUUCACCUAUUUGUGCAAUAGUAAGAUAAAGCUUGUAGAACAUGAAUAUUGUUGGUCCUAAAACUGUAGGAGCUAGUUAAGAAUAUACUGUAGACCAAGACACUAAUAGUGUAUGUCUGAGGCCCCUUUUAUGUUACUAACCUGAAUACUUAUCACACCUGAAACCUAUGCACAUACAUUGAAAAACACCAUUCAUACACAGACCAUGUUAUGUAUGGAGCCACCACAGCUCUGAAAAGAUAAUAACGUGAUGAGUGUAUUUAUAGUGCAAGGUCAGUUGGAAAGUUCAAAUGUCUGCAUUUAACAGUUAGAAUUUAAGGAUGUACAGUAGGACUUUAUUUGCUCUUCAAAAAGGAUAUUUGGCAAUAGAAAUUACAGUAAUCUGAACAAGAAUACAAUUUUAUUGUACAUUAGAGGUAUAACUGAAUACUGCACAUGCCAAAGUGAUGAAGGUGGAUUCAUUUUGACAUGUACUGCUAUGGCCAAAAGUUUUGCAUCACCUAGAAUUUUAGGAUUGAGACAAAAAUAAUAUAUAUGAACAUAAUUUAGGUAUUUUAUUUAUCAUGUAAUCCAAGAAACUACAAAAUGAUACUGCGAAAUACUACCGGAAGACAUAAUAGCAGUGCAGCAUUUAAUGUUAGAUUUUGAAAAGUCACAUUUUUUCAUUUGUCAGUUUCAUUAAGCAUAUGGAAAACUACGAAGUGGU